ACGACGUUUUUCGUAAUAAUUAUGCCAAACAUGUAAAUAUCAAAUGGAUGCCUCGCAAAGCACCGAAAGUUUUACAGCGGCUGUUGUGGUCAGACGAAUAUAAUGAGCUAGAAGAUGUAGUUAUUGCAGAAGGCGAAUUUAUAGAGAUUGACGCUGAACACAAUCCGCUCAGACAAGUUAUUCUUGGAAUGACUCCAUGCAAUUUAAUCGUCGCAGAAAGACACAUCGCCAAUUACAAAGACGAUCCCGAGGUCUAUUUUCUUACAGACGUUGACCUUGAACUUGAUGGCCUUGAAAUUUCGUCUGUGUGGCCAAUAUGUCUGCUGAGAAUGGACAACUCCUACUUCAGAUACGAGCUCAUCAUACGCGUGUAUAAUCAAACCAGGUAUUACGAAUUAACAAACACACAUCUGAACGGAAAUUUGGAAAAAACGUGGCGGCUGUGGUUGGAGCGUGUCCUCUACCUUAGAGAAGACCCUUACGGAUACAUCCGGGCACAAUACGAUGAAUACAAUAUACCAUAUCCGGAUUAUUACGUAAUGCACGAGAAAUCACGUGACAUGCCUGCAGCUGACGAUCUAAUAUGGAAGUUACUGGAUUUAGAUGCUGUAGAAAUGUUAGAAAAAGAUAUUGCAAUGUCCGAAGCGAACAAAAAGAAUAAAAAGAAGAAAAAGGGAAAAAAGAAAUCUGAUAGCAAAGAACGCACUAAGAAAUCUAAAAAGAAAAAAUGGUUCAAGAAAGAUAAAAAUAUGUAAAAAAAAGAUUAAACAAAUCUUAACACUAAACAAUAUAA